UUUACUUUGACUCCGAUUUGUAACAAUGAGUGGUGUGAUGGCGAGUGAGUGAGUAGUGGCAAACAAGCUAGAAGCUGGAGUUCACCUGGACUGCCCGAGACCACCUGUGACACAAGACUCGUCCAUGGGACGUUUUCAAGAAUGCCUCCCUCCGCCCUUGGCUGUACGAGACGAUUGUUAAAAGCCGACGAGUUGGGUGCAAAUAGUACCAAUGAAAGGAUUAAGUGUGUCUUGGUGGGCGACGGAGCCGUGGGAAAAACUUCACUGGUAGUUAGCUACAGCACCAACGGCUUCCCCAGCGAAUACAUCCCUACGGCUUACGACAAUUACAAUGUUCUGGUGCAAGUUGAUGGGCAACCUAUCAGUCUUCAGCUGUGUGACACAGCAGGACAAGAUGAGUUUGACCAGAUCCGUCCCCUUUGUUAUUCCGAUACAGAUGUUUUCAUUGUUUGCUUCAGUGUUGUUUGCCCUACCUCAUUUCAAAAUGUGAAUGAGAAGUGGAUACCAGAAAUAAAAAGAUAUUGUCCAGAUGCAGCAAUCCUCCUGGUGGGAACUCAAAGUGACAGGAGGAGAGAUGUGCGCCUUGCUCUUCAACUAGCUCGAUAUGGACAAACACCAGUAACAGUCAAUCAAGCUCGGGAUUUAGCACGUCGCUCAGGGGGAGCAACAUAUGUUGAAACUUCUGCUUUAACUCAGAGAGACUUGAAAGAAGCUUUUGACCAAGCUAUUGUUUGCGCUUUAGCCCGUAAAGGAAGAAUAAGUGUCAAGGGUUCAACCAAAAUCACCUCUUGCCCAGGCAAGAGGUAUUCGUUUUGGAAAAAAUGGUGUUGUUUCACAUGAAAUUCCUAAUUUCAUCAACAAGAAUUUUUGUAUCAUUUGGCCUCUAAAAUUGCCUUUCAUUAAGUUUGUUUCUAAGUAAUUUUAUUUGUGCUCCCAGCUGUUACAUGCUUUAUUCUCUCUUUGUGUUUGUCCAUUGUUUUGUUUUCCUUGACAAUAAUUUUGACCAUUGAUUCUUUUUUUUACUCAAAUGUGUCAAUUUCAUCUAUGACUGACUGGUAUUUCUUCCUUUAACCUUUUUUUCGGGCACCGUUGAUUAUGCCCUCUCUGUUUUCUGACGUGACCUUUUUUACUGAUUUUUCUUAUCUGCUUUUGUACUUUGUGGUUCUGAGGGUUGUUGGUAUAAGUUACCUACAUCAGCUAUCCACUUUGUUUAAAACUGAAGCUAAAUUGUUUUCUUUCGUUAAAAAAAAAGAUUUGCUUGUUUGUGUUGCAAUGCAAAAGUAAGAUGAUGUUUUGUUGCUGAUAAUGUUAACUAGAUGUGAUAACAGGUCAGGUGUUAGCUGCCUGACAGCUGCAAGUAUUCAGCAAACAUGUUGCUGAAGAAUUCAAGUGCUUCUUCUUUGGUUGUGAUAUUUGGGUUGAUAUUUUGGCCUUGUUGUAGCAUGUGUUUGUGCUUUAUUUCAGCAGUAGCCAUGUUAACUUUGUUUAUAGCUGACUAAGCUUGUUGGAAUUUGUUGUUGGUUUUGAUGUUCAUGCUAGGGCUUUGUAUCUAAUCAUUCAUUUGAAACUCUUACACAGUGGGACCACUUGGAAGGUACAUUGUGGCAAAUAUCUCUGUCCUACUCUUGUUCUUGUUGUGAUGUAGUCAUCAACUACUUUUGAUCUUCCACAAAUAUUUCAUAGAAUUAUAGACUUUAUUAAUUACUAUUGACAUUGACUUUAGUGAAGAGAUUGAUUGCAUUUAUCCAGUUUCGUAUUCAUACUCUUCUGCCACCGAGAAAGAGGGGUGGUAAUUCUUCUGCAGUACAGCAAGAUAUUGCUCCCUUUCAUGUUAAUUGGUAUUAUUAUUUCCCUUUAUGGAAAAAAUAUGAAGAGGUGUAGUCAUGAGAUGGGUUGUGACUGUGAAUUCAUAUUUGAUUGAUAAUUCGGUGUAGUGUAGAUUAGAAUUAUAAUAUUGCUUCCAAAGCAUUGUCUUUUCUCUAAACCAUUAGUGGGCCACUAAACUGAUUCACAGCUAUUUUCAAAUUUUAUGUUCAAGGGUCUUAAGGGUAAAGAUUCCUAGUACAAAGUACUACUAAAAAUUGUCAUUUUUUUUUACCAUUGGUUGCUGUGGUUGCUGUUGGAGGCCGGAGGCCUCGGAGGCCUCUUGUCAAUUUUUUGGUGUUUUAAAUAAUAUUGAUGGUACCUACUUAAGUGGCACUCUAUUAGCCUUCCUAUUGACUCUGUAUUUUUUAACUAGUAUUUGUAGUUAGUCAUAUUUCUCUGUCUUGAUUUAUACUCGUAGUCUCUAUUGAUAAUUUAAUUGUGAUAUUCAAAUCUUUUAUUUCUUUUUUUUACUGUGUAAUUGUUUGUUCUGUGUUGAUUGUUAUGACCUUAGCUAGAUGCAACACAUGACUUUUUUUUCUUCCUAUCAUGCUUUACUACUCAUCUGCUCAUAGCCUAGCAAUCCAGGUGAGUCAUAGGAUUUUUAUUGUCGUCUUUUCUUCCUAAAUUAGCUUAUUUGACCAAUAGAGGUGUUCAAUGAGAACUGGAUUUUUUUCUGGCUGCACAUUGAGUUUUCCUAUACUUCUUCAAUACAUCACAUGUAUGCCGUGUUAUAUUAUAUGCCAUAAUUUUAUCAUGUUUGUUGAUAGCAUUACCUCAGACUGAAGUGGAAAUGCCAGUUGGAAAAUUGGCUUUCUGUCAUUUCAGUGGUUGUGGCUGAGUUGAUUAAUAGUUGAAUGUUAAUACGGUAAUCAUUUCUUUGCUCAGUAUCUCCAUCUAAUUUUCAAAGGAAAGUUCUGUUGUCUUACUAUCAUGUUCAGAUGUUGUUUCCUAUCUAUAAUUUUUAAUGCAUGAACUAAUUGGAACCAACUUUCCUUUUGACUCCUUUCCUGUAAGAUAUUCAUUGACUGUUUCAUAAAUGUUGACUCAGCUCUUUUCUAUUUUUAUGACACCAAUCAAUUUUUUAAAGGAAGUGGGUAUACUUCAAAGAGCAGUUUCUGUCUGUGAUUCUACAUGUUUGUUACAAUUAUUUAAUGCACAUGUUAUUGUUGUGUAUGAUUAAUAUAUGUACAUAAUAAAUGGGCUUUUGUAUCAAA